AUGUGUACAGAUGAAUCAAUCAGCAGUGUACAAGGAGUGUUUCUUGACGGAUUCGUACCUGGUAACACAGACAUCACCUGUAACUGUUCACUUCAGGCAACCACAACACUUCAGAUUGGAAUUAGUCACGUUUCAGUUCCAGAAAAAAUGUGUGGAUCACAAUUAACUAUACAGCUAAACCGGCAACAUUGGGCAUUGACUUAUAACUGCAGAACUGCUGGAAAUGUAUCAACAUUUGUGAGAAAUAUUGAUGAGAAAGGGGCCUCAAUUACUUUGAAAACUAGUGCGACACACAGCGUGGAUAUCACUUACUGCAUCAACUUCUACACUACAGCUGGCUCAGGUAGUUUGAGUCUUCAGUGUUAUUCGCCAGGAGACAAAACCACAGUCCCGAUGACGACACAGUCAACGACCAAGACAAUCCCCGUGACGAAGACAGAUACACCAUCAGCUAAUAAAGCCUGCCCAAUAGAAGGAACACAGCAUACUAACUUUCCAGUGGUACACAUGUUUACAGAUGAAUCAACCAGCGGUGCACAAGGAGUGUUUCUUGACGGAUUCGUACCUGGCAACACAGGCAUCACCUGCAACUGUUCACUUCAGGCAACAACAAGACUUCAGAUUGGAAUUAGUCAGGUUUCAAUUCCAGAACAAAUGUGUGGAUCACAAUUAAAUAUAUAUCUAAACCGGCAAUUAUGGACUCUGACAUAUAGUUGCAGAACUGGUAGGAAUGUAACAACGUUAGUGAGAAAUAUUGAUGAGCAAGGGUACUCAAUUACUUUGCAAACUAGUGCGACACACAGCGUGGAUAUCACUUACUGCAUCAACUUCUACAUUACAGCUGGCUCAGGUAGUUUAAGUCUUCAGUGUUAUUCGUCAGGAGACAAAACGACGGUCCCGAUGCCGACACAACCAACAGAAUCAACGAUAACGGUUAAGACAGUUCCCACGACGCAGACAAAUUCGCAAUUAGGUCAAGAAGAUUUCCCGGUUGCAGCUGUAGCGGGCGGUGUCGGCGCUGUCGUGCUCAUGGUUGUAGCAGCCAUUGUUGUCGUCGUAUUUAUUAAAAGGAAAAAAGCAACAAAGGAGAAUCAAACAACAGAUGACGACGGACAUUAUGAAAUUAGUGAUGUUAAUCCUAAUAACGCUGAUGCCAACACAAAUAACAAUGUUAACCCGUAUAAUACUGAUGACAAUGUUGGCAACACUUACGAACAUCUACAACACAACACUGUACAGUAUGUUAACACGCCGUCGAGUGUUGAUGAAGACCACGUGUACCUCCACGUCAAUGAACCAACACAAGGAUUACCUGACGACUCACAGACGACAGAUUAUUAUAACAGUGUGAAACAAUACUGAAUCGUACAUUUAUUACUCCAGCGGCCAUUCAUAACAGGACUGGCCUUGGUGGUGUCGUGGUUAAGCCAUCGGUCAUAAGGCUGGUAGGCACUGGGUUCGCAGCCCGGUGUACCCAGAGCGUGUUUUAACGACACGAUGGAUAGG